CAUUAUUGACACACCAUUCGACCAAUCAGAAGGAAGCACCAGUACCGGUCAGCCAAACCCAAAAAACAUCGCUGAGUUUGAUCCUUCUGCAAGACGGCGAUAAUUCACAGACAAAUCCCCUCGUCUUCAUCAUGGCAUCUGGAGCUCUGUUCCCCAGCAUGGUCUCUGGCUCCCGCGGUUCUUCCAGCAAGUACCUGGUGGAGUUUCGGGCUGGAAAGAUGACCAUGAAGGGCAGCACAGUGACUCCUGACAAGCGUAAGGGUCAGGUCUACAUUCAGCAGACGGAUGACUCCCUCAUCCACUUCUGCUGGAAGGAUCGGACGACUGGGAACGUGGAUGAUGACCUGAUCAUCUUCCCUGAUGACUGUGAGUUCAAACGGGUGAACCAGUGCACCACUGGCCGCGUUUAUGUGCUGAAGUUUAAGGCUGGCUCUAAAAGACUCUUCUUCUGGAUGCAGGAGCCAAAGAGCGACAAAGAUGACGAGUACUGUCGCAAAGUGAACGAGUACCUGAAUAACCCGCCCAUGCCUGGUGCUCUGGGCAGCGGCGGCAGUGGAGGACACGAUCUGUCUGCAUUAGGAGGGGAGGGAGGUCUGCAGAGCCUUCUGGGUAACAUGAGCCACAACCAGCUCAUGCAGCUCAUUGGACCGACAGGACUGGGAGGAAUUGGUGGACUCGGAGCGCUGGCCGGUCCAGGCUUGACCAACCUUUUGGGUGGCAGCACCAGCGUUCCUGCUGCCAGUAACUCCACCACGAGCCCAUCCACAGCCGUCACACCGACCUCCACCAAUGCUGCCAGCCGCCUCGGUUCCUCGCAGAUGCCCACCACCCCCAUCACUUCCUCUGCCACCUCAGUGGCCUCCCCUACAGCCACCACCCCCUCCACCCCUGCUGCAUCCACCUUGGGAGGGGCGGCAGCAGCAAACCCCACACAGCCCAUCCAGCUGAGAGACCUGCAGAGCAUCCUGGCCACCAUGAACGUACCUGCCAGCAGCCAAGGAGUGGACCUUGCCAGCGCCCUGACACCUGAGGUCAUGGCUCCCAUCCUGGCCAACCCUGAGGUGCAGCAGAGGCUGAUGCCCUACCUGCCGUCUGGAGAGUCCCUGCCUCAGAGCUCAGACGAGCUCCACAACACCCUCAGCUCGCCUCAGUUUCAGCAGGCUAUGAGCAUGUUCAGCAGCGCUCUGGCGUCUGGGCAGCUGGGGCCUCUAAUGAACCAGUUUGGCCUUCCUGCAGAGGCUGUCGAUGCAGCCAACAAAGGAGAUGUGGAAGCUUUUGCCAAAGCCAUGGAAACGGAGACAAAGUCGGACCAGGACAGCGACUCUAAAGACAAGAAAGACGAUGAUGAAGACAUGAGUUUGGACUGAAUCUUCUUUACAGAAAACUGUUAUCAUUAUUAUUAAUAUUUAUUUAUUUACCUGCUGCUAUUUUGUUCCUGUCACAUAAAGAUGAUGGAUAACAGUUGACCCUCAGCUGAUUGUUCUUUGGAUUAAUUUCUAAUUUAAGUCCAUAACUGCAUCCUAUCUGCAUGUUAGUGAGCAGCCAACGUGUCUUGCCAUAACAGUAAAGUCAU